GGAAUGGAGUUAUCCAAGAUGGAAAGUAAUAUACCAGUAAAUUUUUGUGGAGAUAUAGCAUACAUCAAAUACCAACAUCCUGGUGGUGAUUCUCCAGAAGUAACAAGUUCAGUGAAAUCAAUUGUAAGAGAAGAUAUUUUGCCACAUAGUAACGGGAAAAAAAUUGUUCAAGAGUCUUCAUCAAAAUUUGAAAGGGUUCCAUCACAAGUAAGAAGGACAAGGUCUUCUCCAUCACAUGGUAGACAUCCAAGACGUGGACCAUCCCACAGAAGACGCCAACGCAUGGCAAAUGUUAUUGAAGAUGAAGGUCCAUUUGCAGACAGAACCAUCCGCAGAACUUUCCUUUGGAAACUGUAUCUCAUGUUGGCAUUUCAACUGGCUUACACUGUUGGUAUAAUAUGUAUGUUCCUCUACUGGAAAUAUCUUAAAAUAUGGGUUCGGAGACGUCCAUGGUUUUGCUAUGCCCUCUUACCAGCAGUCUUGCUAAUGGUUAUUGCCUUAGCUUGCUGUGAUCAAGCCCGAAGAAAAUUUCCUUUGAAUAUAAUUUUAUUAGCAAUAUUUACAAUCCUUAUAGGUACGUGGCUUGGAUCAAUUGCAGGCUUCUUCGAUGCAGACAUUGUGAUGUGGGCUAUUGGUGCUACUUCAUUUGUGACAUUGGGACUGUAUGUUUUUGCUCUUCAGACAAAAUGGGAACUUACCAUAACAUCUGGAAUAUUGCUAGUCUUGUUGCUUGUGGUGAUCAUUACUGGAGUUCUGUGUAUCUUCCUGGAAUCAAAAUUGACGGAAAUACUUUAUGCUGGUGUUGGAACACUUCUUUUUAGCAUAUACCUGUUGGUUGACACACAACUAAUGCUGGGAAAGAAGCAUCAUUACCGCCUGAAUCCAGAUGAAUAUGUAUUUGCAGUACUGAAUGUCUACAUUGACAUUCUCAAUAUGUUUUUAUUUAUAUUGAGAUUUGUUGGUUUCAUGAAGUGA